AGUCAGCAUGCCGCCUCGUCGGGACUAUUCUCUGGUGAGCUGGCGGUCAUCCUCAUCCAUCCUGAUCCUCCCUCUUCCUCGUCCUGCACCUGCUCCCCUUUCCUUGGUCGGCCGGCGCGCGGAGUACAGAUCGACGGACUUUGAGUUCCCUCUUUCCUGGCUUGCUUGGACGCUCCAUUCCUUCGAGUUCGUCGCGGAUUUGAUUCCAGUGUGGAGUGGGGGGUAAUAUAAUAUCGUGUAGCUCAAUUGCCCCCCCCCCCCCCCCCCCCCCCUGCGCCGCCGCGCGAAGCUCCCCACCGGUGCUGCCUGCGCAGCCCAUUUUGUUCGUACUAUCGUGUGGCCAUUGGGCUCCUCGGAGGUGGAGAUCUGGGCUGCUGUUUCCAGGACCCUGGGACGCGUCCGCUGCGAUGGGUCGAAGCGCCUGGGCGGUUCGGUUGGCUUCCCUUCUCGCGUUUGGUUUGGUGCUCGGCACCGUCGAGGCCAGCCUCGGGGAUGUUGAUCGGCGCUACAGAACUUGUGUGAGGGAGUGUCAAACUACAGGGAUUAUUGGGGAGAACAACAUCAGCCAUUGUCAGUCCAAAGAGAACGACGCUUCUGUUGGAGGCUCUUGGUAUAACCAGGAGCAAAUUUACAUCCAGUGGAAACAACUGAACUGUAUGACAGACUGUCGCUACUUUUGCAUGAUGCAGAGAGAAGGGGAACGACAGUCACUUGGUCUGAGCCCCGUUAAAUAUCAUGGAAAGUGGCCGUUCUUACGUGUUUCUGUGUUCCAGGAACCCCUUUCAGCUGCACUAUCUGCUGUCAACCUACUGAUGCACUUCACUGGCUGGCUUUCAUUUUUCCUUCUAGUGAAUUACAAAUUGCCUCUUAGAACCCAGACCAAGAGAACUUACUAUGAAUAUACUAGCUUGUGGCAUAUCUAUGCAAUCUUAUCAGUGAAUGCAUGGUUCUGGAGCACUAUUUUCCAUACUCGAGACAUUGACUUGACUGAGAAAUUGGACUAUUCUUCUGCUGUGGCCCUGCUUGGCUAUUCUUUAAUCCUUUCAUUGCUAAGGGCUUUCAAUGUCAAGGAUGAGGCUACCAGGGUGAUGUUUGCAGCCCCAAUUUUGGCAUUCGUUACGACGCACAUCUUGUAUCUUAACUUCUACGAGCUUGACUAUGGUUGGAACAUGAAAGUUUGUGUGGUGAUGGCCGCUGUACAACUUCUGACGUGGGCAGUUUGGGCUGGUGUAAGCCGGCAUCCAUCACGUCUGAAGCUCUGGACAGUUGUUUUUGGAGGAGCACUGGCCAUGCUUCUUGAACUCAAUGACUUCCCUCCAUACAUGGGUUAUGCGGACGCCCAUUCACUGUGGCAUGCAAGCACCAUUCCACUCACCUAUCUCUGGUGGAGCUUCAUCAAGGACGACGCCAUAUUCCGCACGUCAACGCUCGUGAAGAAGGCAAAGUAAUUAAGCAAAGGGGCCGCAUUGUUAACAUUAGGGUCUGAGGAUCAGAUUCCAUGGUCUUCACGAGGACAUUUUGGGGGCACACGUUAUCAUCGAACAUCAUGAAACCUCAGUACAUUUGUGUCACCAACCCAAAAAGACAUUCAUCUUCAUCCACUCACGAUUUUGGUCCACAAACUCAGCAUAUUCUUUAGGGCGCAUGUUCUGCCAUUACGAUAUGUCCUUUUACUGACCUGAAGGUGUGUCUAUCCUGUGAUUAAAUUUGCAUCUUGUCAUUUUAGUACUGGUGGGGUUUGCGAGAUUUUGUGAUCGCCAGUCAGUUUUGUGAAAUCAGACAACAAUGAAACCUAUGUGUGGACCUUUGUAAAUUCCUGAAGCCCCUUUCAUACGGGCAUUGUGAGUUCUAGCGUUAUGAAGAUUAUAUUUACA